AUGAUGAAACAAGGAAAGAUUGAAAAGAAAAUUUUCUCCAUAUGGCUUGGGAGGUCUAGAGACUCUGGAGCAGGAGGGGAGAUAGUGUUCGGAGGCACAAACCCAGCUCAUUAUACGGGACAGCACACUUAUGUGACCGUGAAAGGGCGUAGACACUCUUUCCAAAUGAACAACAUAUUUGUCGGAAAAGCAGAUACCAAGAGAUGCUCAAGAGGCUGCAAAGUGUUUGUUGACUCAGGCACUACAAACAUUAUUAGUCCAACGGCUAUGAUCAAGGACAUCAAUGAUAGAAUCAAACUAUCACCAGAUUGCAAAAAGCUAAAUAAGCUGCCUGAUGUAACCUUUACAAUAGGCGGAAGGAGUUUCUCAGUCCGUCCACGUGAUUAUGUACGUCGGAAGAGUGAUAAUGUUUGCACAAGUAGAUUCGAGGGCGAUGAUAAAGUUAGCUUAUGGAUACUUGGCAUGCCAUUCAUACGAGCCUUUUAUACGGUGUAUGACUACACGAAACCACCAAAUGUGAAUAUUGGCUUUGCUCCGUCGGUUUAG